UGCAUACGAUGAUACCUGAAGGAGGAAAAAAACUUAUUAUAGGAAGAUGGCUAGAUUUUUAUUCAAUAAAAAUUGAAUUACCCCGUAAUACUGUCAUUUAGUCUUUCCGUACAACUGCUCUUGAAGAGGAUAGGAAGAGUUAAAUGUAUCUACUCUGCGAGUGUUACACAGUAACUCUGGUCUAACUGGCAGACUGGUUGUUUCCGACUGUGACUAGGUCACGAGCGUAAACAUGCACAGAACUGAAACUGGACUGGAACCGUAACACAGUUUACAAGAAAACAGACGCACUGUGGACAAUCGUUUUGUUUUCUGUAACUGGGUGAAUUGAGCCAAAGAACAAUCCUUCCCUGAUGCCGCUGCUCUGUGCGAAGAUCCAGAAUGAUACAUUUCAGUGCGGUGUCAGACUUCUGAGCUUCUGAGUUUAUUUAAAGACCGUCUUUCAGAAAAGAAAACCAUUAAGGCACAUAUUCAGUAUCAUGAAUCUGCAUCAGGUGCUCACAGGAGCUGUCAAUCCGGGAGAUAAUUGUUUCGCUCUAGGAAACAUCAAUGACGAGCCUUUUACGGCUUAUGCAUCAGGAUGCGACAUUGUAAUUUUAGGCAGUCACUUUGAAAGGCUACAAAUCAUCCCUGGGGCGAAACAUGGGAAUAUCCAAGUUGGAUGUGUGGACUGCUCCAUGCAGCAGGGCAAGAUUGCGGCUUCCUAUGGAAAUGUUAUUUGCAUCUUUGAACCUGUUCAGCUCUUAAAUCAGAAGAAUAAGGUAACAACUAGAUUAAAUUACCAGUGGCAGAAGAGUGGACAAUUUGUCCUGCAGUCAAUAGCACACAAUCUGGUAUGGGACCCAACAGGAACACGGCUUCUAACAGGAUCCAGCAGUUUACAGUUAUGGUCCAAUGUUGGAUUAUGUUCAUGUAUUGAAGAAGAUGGAGUGGAAAUGACCAUAGGAAGUGACCUUGGCAACUGGAAAUGCAUCUGGCAGUGCAAAACUGCAUCAUCUGUUCAUUUAAUGAAGUUCUCUCCAGAUGGGGAUUUCUUUGCUACAGCAGGACGGGACGAUUGCCUGGUGAAGGUGUGGUACAAUACUAGCAGCUGGCAGACAACAGGGACGACCCUAUUUAGUCUACCAGAAAGGUCUGCUCAGGGAGAAGUGGACUACUCUUUUGUGUAUCUGGCCCAUCCUCGGACAGUGACUGGAUUUUCUUGGAGGAAGACCAGUAAAUAUAUGCCACGGGGUUCUGUGUGUAACGUGCUGUUGACAUGUUGCAAAGACAAUGUGUGUCGACUCUGGGCAGAGACAUUGCUACCUAGUGACAGCUUGUUGUCUGGACAUAGUCAAAGCCAAAGUACUGAGCCUGUUGCAACAACCAGUGGCAUAAAGAGGCAUUCCACAAGCAAGGAGCGUGUUCAGAAUGCUUUAGAGUUGAAUCUGAAGCAGCUGAGGAGGGGCAGGAGGAGAUCAACUGCCCUGCCCUGUCACACCGGAUAUCUGCCUCAUCAGCAGGACAGACACCAAGCCCACAGGACCAACGCCAGCCUGCAUGCUAAUGCACUCUGUCACUUUCACAUUGCUGCGAGCAUCAACCCUGCCACAGACAUUCCACUGCUUCCCUCCAUCUCAUCUUUGAUCGUGGAUGACACUGAAGAGCAGAGUGGUCCCUUUGUGGUGCACUGGCUGAAUAACAAGGAGCUGCACUUCAGCUUGUCAAUGGAAGUCUUCUUGCAGCAGCUGCGGAUGAGUCUGGAACAGCAGUCUCCUGAAACCAGCACAGAGGAGACCUGCCAGAUGGAUGCCAAGUCCGAUGAAGAAACCAGCUGCAAUGAUGAUGAUCAGAAAGGGUCUUUAGGAAAACGAGACUCAGAUGGAGAAAAAAGCUCCUACAGUAUUGGCAUACCAUUACCGGCAGCUGCUAUUGACCAUGAAAUUGAAGUGCUGUUGGCUGAAUGGAACAAGAAUGCAGACAUGUUGUUCAGUAUUCAUCCCAUGGAUGGUUCGUUAUUAGUCUGGCACGUUGACUGGUUGGAUGAGUAUCAGCCUGGCAUGUUUCGUCAAGUGCAGGUCUCAUUUGUUUCCCGAAUCCCAGUAGCCUUCCCAACUGGAGAUGCCAACUCGUUGAGCAGGAGUGUGGUGAUGUAUGCCUGCACCAAGAAUGUGGAUCUUGCCAUUCAGCAGGGCAAACAGAAGCCCACUGGCAUGGCUCGCUCCUCAUCCAUGCUUAUCUCUUUUGGCCAAAGCAAAUCUUCCAGCAGUCUAAAAUUAAGCAUCUUCACUCCAAAUGUCCUCAUGAUCUCCAAACACGCUGAUGGAAGUUUAAACCAAUGGGCUGUUAGUUUUGCAGAGGGGUCGGCAUUUUCUACAGUUCUGAGUGUUUCUCACAAGUCCAGAUACUGUGGCCACCGUUUUCAUCUCAAUGACCUGGCUUGUCAUUCAGUAUUACCACUGUUGCUAACAACCUCUCAUCACAAUGCACUAAAGACACCCGAGGUCGAGGUAUAUAAUCUUAGCAACAUCAAUGUUGCAGACGCUGGGGCUCAUCAUGAUCCACUGUCCAAACGACUGAGCAGAGUAUCGGAAGAUGCAGCUUUCCAAGAUCCCAAUGCCAUUUACAGUGAGCUGAUUCUCUGGAGAGUCGAUCCUGUGGGACCACUCUCCUUUUCUGGAGGAGUCUCAGAGCUGGCCAGGAUUAACUCACUGCAUGUUUCUGCCUUCUCUAACGUGGCUUGGCUUCCUACAUUAAUACCUAGCAACUGCCUAGGGGCUUAUGGCAAUUCCCCCAGCGCGUGUUUUGUGGCAAGUGAUGGACAUUCCCUGAGAUUGUAUCAGGCUGUUAUUGAAGCAAAAAAACUGUUGAGUGAGCUGUCAAAUCCAGAAAUCUCUAGAUGUUUUGGAGAAGUUUUUAAUAUUGUGAGCCAGCAAUCCACUGCCAGGCCAGGAUGUAUCAUAGAACUGGAUGCCAUUACAGAUGUCCAUGGAAAGCAAACCCAGCUUCUCCAUGUGUUUGAAGAAGACUUUAUCUUGGGCUGCAAGAGCACAGAUAACACACAGGAAGGAACCCUGUCAUCAGAAACCGUGCCUCAAAAGGGAUUCUCUGAGAAGUUCUUCUUGGUUGUUAUUGAAUAUACUCAGAAUGGUCAUUCGUUGCUUCACAUGUGGCACCUGCAUUUGAAAUCGGUACAAAUCACUUUAGAUGAAAAGUCAGAUACAACUGAAAUGGAUUCUCUGACUGUGAUGCCAGAGGACCAGUAUGGCCUUUCUCCUGACAGGACACCCUCUCCACUCUCACAGAAGUAUAAAGCUAGCAAGAAUAACCUACAGAGUGCUAGCAGACUUACUCUUACCUCAGAAAGAGUAUAUAGCGAACAAUUGAAGUUGCCAGAUGGAGUGGAAAUUAUCAGAGCUACCCCGUCAGCAGGGCAUCUGAGCUCCUCAUCCUUGCAUCCGACGGGCCUUGCUCCUUAUCUUUUGGCUACAUCCUGUUCUGAUGAAAAAGUUCGCUUCUGGAGAUGUAGAGCAUAUUCACAGCCCAUGUCAUCUACUGAAUCUGAAAGUUCUGGAAUUGUGGAUUAUACAUAUAUUUGGGAGGAGUGGCCUUUGCUCAUUGAGAAUGGAUUAAUAAACAGUAGCACAGUGACUGUGCCCGGGAGACCCAUUGAAGUUAGUUGCUGUAAUACAAGCCGCAUAGCUGUGGCAUUUAAGCAGUCAUCCUCACAUUAUUGUGGCAGAGAUUUUGCAAUGCACGUUGGUAUUUUUGAAUGUGAAUCUACUGGUGGUUCACAAUGGAUCCUUGAACAAACCCUUAGCCUGGAUGAACCAAGCACAAUAUUAGAUCCGAGAAUUAGUAUUGACAAUAACUUAACAGUUUACAAUAAACAAGAUGUCUAUUUGUCAAGUGACAUUUUUGUAACGCCAAGUGCCAAGAAUCUUGUUCACUUAGACUGGGUCUCAAGGGAAGAUGGAUCCCACAUCUUAACAGUGGGCAUUGGCUCCAAACUUCUUAUGUAUGGACAGCUUUCUGGGAAAAUGCCAGAGUCUGGUGUUAACAGCAGUGAAGCACCAGGACCUUCAUCUUCACUGCUAUGGGAGGGUGCAAGAGAUCAGUUUUCAUCCAGAUUUGUUCUCCUUCGAUCUGUAGAUCUCAUUUCUUCAGUUGAAGGAUCUCUUCCCUUGCCUGUUUCUCUUUCUUGGGUGAGAGAUGGCAUUCUUGUUAUUGGUAUGGACUGUGAAAUGCAUGUUUACUCCCAGUGGCAACCGCCUGCCAAAUCUACAGUAACAUCUACAGAAGUUGACACUGGUAGCACAACCUCCAUACCAGCUGCAAUAAAACAAGGUCAUACCAAUGAAUUAAAUCCUCAACCUCCCAAGCGGACCCUAACUAGAUCUAUGACUAGCCUUGCUCAAAAGCUGAGUGGCAAAAAAACAAUGUAUGAUCUUCCUGUUGAGAUGGAAGAUUAUGGACUCUUUGAAGCAGCUCAUGACCUUUUUCCCACAUUGCCACAGUAUCAUCCUAUACAGCUGAUGGAGCUCAUGGACCUUGGAAAAGUUCGCAGGGCUAAGGCCAUUCUGUCUCAUCUGGUCAAAUGUAUUGCAGGUGAAGUUGUGGCUCUGCAAGAAAACAGCACAAAUCAUGAACGCCGGCUCCGGUCUUUGACAAUCAGUGCCAGUGGAAGCACAGCUAGAGACCCUAAAACAUUCAACAAACCAGAGAACUCUGAUUACACAGAGAUUGACUCCAUUCCUCCCCUUCCACUUUAUGCUCUUUUAGCAGCUGAUGAAGAUGCAUCCCCUAAAGCAAAGGAUAAAACCGUCAGUGUCACUCUGAGCAAAGAAAAUCAUGUAAGCCAAACUGAUAGUUAUGAUGAGCUCUUUCAGGCUCCUAGUUUGGCAACUGAUGACUUUGAUCUGAUAGAUAGUGAGCAGGAGGGUACAAAACCAAAGGUGAUUGACCUCUCCCAGUAUAGUCCCACCUAUUUUGGCCCGGAACAUGCCCAGGUUCUUUCAAGCCACCUUUUGCACUCUAGUUUACCUGGACUGACCCGACUGGAGCAGAUGUCUUUAAUGGCUUUAGCAGACACUAUUGCAACCACCAGUACAGAUAUUGGAGAGAGCCAAGAUAAAAAUAAAGGUGGAGAGACUCUUGAUGAAUGUGGCUUGAAGUUUCUUUUAGCUGUGAGACUGCACACCUUUCUUUUAACUUCUCUGCCUCCAGCACAUCGGGCACAGCUUCUUCGUCAAGGUUUGUCUACUUGCCAUUUUGCCUGGGCCUUUCAUUCUGAAGCUGAGGAGGAGUUGCUGAAUAUGCUGCCUGCAAUGCAGAAAGGGGACCCCACAUGGUCAGAGUUGAGAGCUAUGGGAAUAGGCUGGUGGGUGCGAAACACAAACACACUGCGCAGAAGCAUUGAGAAGGUAGCGAAAGCAGCUUUUCAAAGAAAUAAUGAUCCUCUGGAUGCAGCAAUUUUUUAUCUGGCAAUGAAGAAGAAAGCUGUAGUUUGGGGCUUAUACAGGUCUCAGAAGAAUACAAAGAUGACUGAAUUCUUCAGUAACAAUUUCAGCGAAGACAGGUGGAGAAAGGCAGCUCUGAAAAAUGCCUUCUCCCUUUUAGGAAAACAGCGCUUCCAGCAUUCUGCAGCAUUCUUCCUUCUGGCUGGCUCUUUAAAGGAUGCAGUUGAGGUUUGUCUAGAGAGAAUGCAUGACAUUCAGCUUGCCCUGGUGAUCUCAAGGCUCUUUGAAUCUGAAUUUGAGGUGUCCUCCAUGUACAAGAGCAUACUGCAAAAGGAGAUCUUGGGCUACAAUGCUCAGGAGCGAACAUUCACCUCAUCUGAGAUGCAUCCAGACCCUUUUCUGAGGAGCGUGGCCAACUGGAUUCUGGAAGACUACAGCAGGGCUCUGGAUACUCUGCUGGAGCAGCCAGUGCAAGACAGCAACAUAAAUGCGUGCACAGGCACCGCUGCAAUGUCUGCAUUUUGUAACCCUUCCGUUUUCAACUUUUAUACUUAUCUACGGACACACCCUCUCCUGCUCCGUCGGCAUUUUGCAUCUUCAGAGAAAUCUUCAACCAGAAUGGGUCUAACUGUUGAAAGCAGCUUUGCUGAUACAAUUAACUUGGUGGAAAGGAGACUGUUCUUUACAGCUGCACAUUCUCACUUUAAAGCCGGGUGUCCUAUGCUGGCACUGGAGGUCUUGUCUAAGAUGCCAAAGGUGGUCAAGAAAUUUAAGCCUCUGCUGAGCAAAGACAGUUCCACUCUGUCAACUAAUGGCAAAAAUUUCUUGCUGAAUGUAGAGACCAAGCAGGAAAAAGCCUCUGACUUUGAUUGGUCUCAGCCAGUGGUUAAUGGCUUUGGAUCCGUCUCUGAUAGGGCAUCAGACAGCCAGUCAGAUUCUGCUCUCAGUUUUAACUGGAGUCAGCCUUCCUUGGUUAUUCAGGAUGAACCUUUGGAUUUAAAAUGGGACAGUGAUAAGGACCCAGACUCUGAGGAUGAAGAAUGUGGACUGUCUAUGAAAAAUGUUAAAACGGAGAAUAACAAUGUCCUCAAAGAGACCCCUAUUAUGAGUUCAUCUUAUACAGAAACCCCAACAACCAUUGAAGAUGGGGAAAUCAUAAGCCCUUCAGAAGACAUUAUUGCUGCUCAGUUAAAGUUCAGUGCCUGCCUAAAAAUCCUUACUGCAGAACUCAGAACAUUAUCCACUGGAUAUGAGUUAGAUGGCGGUAAACUGAGGUAUCAGUUGUACCACUGGCUAGAGAGGGAGGUUUUAGCUUUGCAGAAAGCUUGUGGGUACAAUCCGGAUUUAGAGGAUCUUGUAGAAGGAAUAGCUGGAAAUGUCAAUGAGAUCCCUUCCACUGGAUUGUCCGCUGAGGAUCUCUAUAACCAGCAGAGAGCUGUAAAGCACAAGGAGUAUCUUCAGCGGAAGAGGCAGUGGCUUCUAAAGAACCAGCCUCUCUUCCGAAUGUUUCUCAGCUACUGCAGUCUCCACGGCUCACAUGGAGGAGGCCUGGCUUCAGUUAGGAUGGAGCUGAUUCUCCUUCUGCAGGAAUCCCAACAGGACAUUGCAGUACAAGCUUCUGUCGGCCCCACACAACAGCAAGCCUCCAUUCCUCUCCUAUUAGCAUGCACUGCCAGCGCAAAAACUGUUGUUGCCAAUCCCAUAGUACACCUGGUAAACCUCACGCAUGACAUUCUGCACACUAUCGUGGACCUGGACUCUCCACCACACCCUGAUAUAAAAAACAACAAGGUUUAUGUAAUGCACACUUUAGCAGCAUCUCUGUCUGCCUGCAUCUACCAGUGUCUCUGUAAUGGCCACAGCUACAGUGCUUCACAUGCUAACCAGUUCACUGGCAUCGUCUACCAAAGUUUCCUGCUGGCGCAGCAACAUCCAGUGCGAACAACUAGUAUGGAUGAGGCCGUCACCCCCAAUACCUUUCCAGCACAGUGGCCUGGUAUUGGAUCUCUCAUACAUCUUUUAAACUCUUCUGGGGAGGAAGAUCAGCCUGGCCUGACAGUCCUCCUCUGCGAGAUUUUGACUGCAGUUUUUCUCAGCCUCUUUGUGCAUGGCCUGGCAACACAUUCUAGUAACGAGCUCUUCCGGAUUGUGGCCCAUCCACUCAACAGUAAGAUGUGGGCAGCUGUGUUUGGCGGCGGAGCUCGGAUUCCAUCUGGUGAAAAGCAGAGCUUGGCUAAGCCCUUCUCAGGAAGGCAGUUUCCUAUCCCUAGUCCUCAGCAGGUAGUAGUGUUUUCCAUGGAAUGUGUGGGGUUUUCCAAAGCCCUUACAGCCAUCAGUACUCAUAGCCUUACAAGUCCUGCAGAAGAAGUAGACAGUGAAGUUGACUGGGAUCUGUCUCAGACUGAUAUAGCACAGGUUAUUGGAAAUACUGGUGAUGAGUCGGAGGUGAAGAAUCACAAGCGCUUCAAGUUCCUUUCAACAAAGAGCGCCAGUAGAGAGAGUCUGCAAAGCCCAACAUCCCCUGUAUUCGAACAAGAAAUGCCCAUUUUAAAAGAAAAAUUUGUCCCUCCUGAGCUUAGCAUCUGGGACUAUUUCAUUGCAAAGCCCUUCCUUCCACAAUCUGAAAGCCGAGUGGAGUAUGACUCUGAAGAAAGCCAAGGUAGCGAUGAUGAAGAAGAUGAUGUUUUUGCCUCUGAUACACAACUACAAGAACAUUCCAAUCCCAACUCAUACAGCUGGUCACUAAUGCGACUGGCUAUGGUGCAAAUGGUACUAUUCAAUCUGAAAUCCUUCUAUCCAAUGGUGGGGCAUGAUCUAUCGGAGCUGCCAGUUGCCACCCCACUUUGCCAUGCUGUCCUGAAGACUUUGCAGAGGUGGGAGCAGGUGCUGCUCAGAAGACUGGAGAUUAUUGGUGGUCCACCUUCCAAGUUUAUUUCAACACAUACCGUUGAUGAUGCCCCUGCGGCAGGUCCUGCCAUCCUCCGCCACAAGGCACUUUUGGAGCCAUCUAACACUCCUUUUCGGUCAAUCCACCACUCUGCCCUUCCUGUGAAGAGACUGUGGCAGUAUCUGGUAAAACAGGAGGAGAUACAGGAGACCUUUAUUCGGAACAUUUUCACAAAGAAAAGGGGUCAAAAUGAGUCGAUAGAGGACUACAGUGACAAUGUUCAAAAUACUGUGAUGGAGGAGCCUAGCAUCAACAAGAUAGAAGCAGACCUGGGAUAUCCUGGAGGAAAAGCAAGAAUUAUUCAUAAAGAGUCAGACAUCAUAACUGCAUUUGCUAUCAAUAAGGCUAAUCGGAAUUGCAUAGCAAUAGCUUCAACUCAAAAUAUUCAGGAACUGGAUGUCUCUGCAAUUCUAGCUACUCAGAUAUUAACCUGGAUUGAUGAUGACGUAGAUCUGGAGAACAAAGGAAACGAUGAUUUCUUGGUGAUCCAUGCACGUGACGAUUAUGGCACAAUACAGGGUUCUACCCCAUAUACUCCCAGCAGCCCUGGGACCCCUAUUAACAUGCCUUGGCUUGGCAGUGUUCAGACUGGCAGGGGAGCAUCUGUGGAAAAUUCAGCUAAAUUAAAUGGGAUCAGAAAGGAUUUGACAAAAAAGGAGAUGAUCAAAAGGAAUAUAAAUAAUGUGAGAAGAAUGGCAUCCCACCCAACCUUACCAUAUUAUCUGACAGGGGCACAGGACGGCAGUGUCCGCAUGUUUGAGUGGGGGCACUCCCAGCAGAUAAUUUGUUUCCGCAGUCCAGGGAACUCCAGGGUGACCAGGAUUAGGUUUAAUUAUCAGGGCAACAAGUUCGGCAUUGUUGAUGCAGAUGGAGCUUUGAGACUUUGGCAGACCAGUACAAUAGGAAGUACACCAAAGCCAUAUCUGACUUUGCAGUGUCACAACAAAACUGCCAAUGACUUUGUUUUCGUGGGCUCAUCUUCUUUGAUAGCAACAGCAGGACAGUCCAGUGAUAACAGGAAUGUAUGUCUGUGGGAUACACUAGUCUCUCCUGUCAACAGUCUUGUGCAUGCUUUCACCUGCCAUGACAGUGGAGCAACGGUGCUCUCAUAUGCCCCAAAGCACCAGGUGUUGAUCUCAGGUGGAAGAAAAGGUUUCAUCUAUGUGUUUGACCUGUGCCAGAAGCAACAGAGACAGACCUUCCAGGCCCAUGACUCUCCUGUUAAAGCUGUUGCUGUUGAUCCCACAGAAGAGUACUUUAUUACUGGGUCUGCAGAGGGCAACAUAAAGGUAAUUCUGGAAUACUCUAGUACAAUUUUCAUACAAGGACAGUGUUUUACUCUCUAAGGGGAUCUCAUGUCACUUGCCACCUGCACAUUUCAUCAUUAUGUUUUAUUUCUACAAAUCUAUAGAGUUGCUAUAACUCCAUAUAUUUGUGAGUCCAGCUCACAUUCCUAUGGCUCUACAGUAACUAGCCAUGUCUCCACGAGGGCUGAAACUGCUGCCAGAGCUGUCUAUAUGUGCUAUGGACAACUAUUGUGUCCCUUGCCUCUAAUUAAUUAGGUACUUACCUUAUUAUUCCUGAUAUUUCUUCUGGUGUUUAAGUUCUGCUUCAUCCACUGCUCAGGACUCAGUGUUACAGAUUAUUCCCUGAGUCUCUGGCAUGUUUACUAACACUGCUUCCCUUCCUGUUUAGCGCUUCUGUUGUGGAUGCGAUCCCAGUUUGUUCCAGUUUUGACCAAUUGUGUACUGACCCUCGCUCCUACGUUUGACCGUGUUCUCAGAUUCCCUUUGGCUUGUUUAUCUACCGUCUUCCCGGUCCAGCUAUUGGAUUCAUUCUCCCGUCCUUAGGCCACUGCACACCCCUGCUUAGUGCAGAAAUAUAAGAGAAUGACUGAGCCAAUCAUGAAUGUAGCAGGCAAAGGCGAUAUGCUGUGCAAUCCUACCUGUCAGCCUUCAGCUAUGGGAUUUUAACAGAUGGGCCUGAGAGAACUAGCUUGCUCGCCACACAGUUGAUGCCAUGAAGCAGGCAGAGUUUCGGCUCAGUGCUGUAUUGCUCAUUGUUGCUUCAGUGGCAGCCCCAGCUCUGCUCUUUCAGUUCUGCCCCUUGGUCCUGAGGUUUUUGUGAGAAGAGUUAUUUCUUGCUGUUUGACCUGAACACUGUAACUCCCAGUGGUUUGACUCCUGCUUGCUCGAAAGUGCAUGUUUUAGUGCCAGAGUUUGCAGCAACUUCUCACUUUACACAGCCAUCUGUGAUUGCAGAGUAUAUUGUGGAAGAUGAGCCAAAAGAUCUGUCGUCUUAAGGAAGAGGCGUUGAUUAGUCCCAACACUGCCCACCUGACCUCUCCAUGAAAUCUCUGGAGUUUGAUGCUUAAGGGCAGGGAGUACAGCCAUGUUUAUGACAGUGAUUUAGCUGUGUUGUGGCAGCCACUUACGUCAUCCUCGCCUAUCUCCCUAUCUUGGUUGGCCAUUGAGGAAACAAGUCACCUGGAGCCUUGAAGCAACCUGGUGUCAGUUUACAACCAUGGUUGGUCCAGGUGCUCUUCAGUAUAAAUACUCAGACCUGACAGUGAAACAACAAAGAGAAACAAGGGAAACAAAGGGAGCUCAGAGCUCUUUCAUUGAGUUUAGACACUGAGCCCCUUGAGCUCCAUUUCUUUGUUUCCCUUGUUUCGCUUUGUUGGUACUCUGACUCCUGCUUGCUUACUAUUACCUUGUCUCCCGGAUCACCCCUUGGCUUUGUGUUGACUCCUGUGUUUUUCUUAUCUCAGACCAUGGCUUGUCGUCUCCGCGAUCUAUCUCUUGGUGUUUUGUUGCAUUGUCUUCCCAGUUAAGGCCCAUGCUUGUUUUGGAUAACUACUCAACUGUGUUUGUGUGCAUCACACUCUGGUUUCCCAGCCUGCUACAGCAACACACUCUCAGUGCACCCAUGCUCAGGCUUCACC